UAGACGCGUCUACUGUUCACUCUCUACCCGAGGGACGUGCUUCUUCUGAACCAACAUUAAUAUCAGCUUCGCUUCCAUCUGCAGAAACGUAAACAACGCCAGGAAGCCACUGGGUUAAAAAAAAAAAAAAAAAAAAAAAGAGAGAAAGAAAGAACGAAAGAAAGAGUGACGCUUCAGUUUUGGCGUUAGUAAGGUGCACCAAGUUGACCGAGUUGACCAACCUGCAGCGACCGAUCAGCGGCUCUCCUCUCCGGGCGUGUUCCUGUCGUUUUCUGCGGGGAUUAAAACACUGAAGUCUGGAGCUCCGCUGUGACCUGACUCCAAACAUGAAACUCUCUCACGCUUGCGGGGCGCUUAUCAUCGCCUGGUGUGCGGUUCUCGGCUGCGUUCAGGCCAUCACUCUUGAAGUGAAAGACGGGGACUCCACCUGCAUUGAGGCUCAGCUUUCUGCAUCAUUCUCCAUCACCUACAACACCUCCGGCAGCACGAGGACAGUGCAGGUCCCCCUGCCCGACUCCGCCACAGUCGACCCAGGCAGCAGCUCGUGCGGCACUGACGGCAGCAGCUUACCAUGGCUGGUGGCGGUGUUUGGAUCCGGCCACGCUCUGGGGCUGAGCUUUACAACCAAUGGAAGUCUGUACAGUGUUGCAAACCUGACGCUGCAGUACAACCUCAGCGACUCAUCCACCUUCCCUGAGGCUAACAGCUCUGAUGUGGUCACCUUGGCGUUGGCUUCAGUUGGGAUCUGGGCACCGAUUAACACCACCUACCGCUGUAUGAGCCCCACCACUUUCAGAGUUGGCGAAGCAACUGUGACGUUCUCUGAUAUGAAACUGGAGGCGUACAUGCCAGAAAAUGAUCUGAGUCCAACUGAAAGCAUAUGUAUGGCAGAUCAGGCCAGUACCGCAGCUCCACCUACUACUGCCAGUACUACAACGACUGUAGCUCCAGCACCGACACCAGCAGGGACGCCUGAACGCGGCAGCUACUCUAUAAAAAAUGGGAACGGCACAGAGUGUCUCCUGGCCCAAAUGGGACUGCAGCUCAAUGUCUCCUAUUUCUCUCCAUCUCAGAAUAAGACUAUUCAAGAAAUAACAAAUCUCACUCCCAAUCUGACAAGUUCAACGGGAUCAUGUGGAGCCAGCAGUGCUACCUUAGUUUUGACCCAGGAGAAAACCACCGUGCUGAACUUCACCUUCACUCUGAACUCGACCACCAACAAGUACCACCUGAGUGGGAUAAAUCUUCUGGCUAAUUGGUCCGAUAUGCCUGCUCCCUUCUCAGCCAGUAACACCAGUCUGAACUACCUGCGGAGUACACUGGGCCGCUCGUACAUGUGCAAUGCAGAGCAAACUCUGGCUGUGGUGCCGACCUUCUCUCUCAACACGUUUAAGCUGCAGGUCCAGCCUUUUGCAGUCACUACCAACCAGUUUGCCACAGCGGAGGAGUGUCAGAUGGACCAGGACCAGAUGCUCAUCCCCAUCAUUGUGGGAGCAGCUCUUGCCGGCCUGGUGCUGAUCGUCCUCAUUGCAUACCUAAUAGGCAGGAAGAGGAGCCAUGCUGGAUACCAGACCAUCUGAGCGGAGCCCUCGUUUAUCCCUGAACCCGACAGACUGAAUGGUGGAGAGACGGAUUUGUGAAUGUGUGAACGAUAGAGUAAUAGACUGUGGACACGAGUGAAUGGCAACAAAUGUUACUGUGGUGUGUGCAUGUUCCCGCAUAUCCUAUGUGACCUCUGGAUAUUUAAAUUUCCCUUCACUUUCUCUGUGGAUGAUGAAGAGAAGCCAAACCUGAACCUGGUGUGCAUCUUGAUGAAGCCUGAUGGGGGGACUGAGUCUCCACCUUAAUCCAGGAGGAAGGCAGUUUGAAUCUGCGCUUGCAAGUUCACCGUGAACUGUUUGGCUUUACACCGCCCUGUGCUGUUAUCAUAUCAUUAUCUUCUAGAAAUGGGUUGAAUUUGCUUGAACUGCUGUUCGUUGUUUUUAGAUGUGUUUAUUAUUUAUAAAGAAUCAUUUAAUAUCCCAAAAUGCAGAUAACGAGGCAGAGAGGCGAUCAGAUGAACCACAGGACAAAGAUAUAUUUUUUAAAAAGCUCCACUGCUGUUGGUUAAAGGUUUGACAGUUAAUGACGUCUGUGUUCAAAGACUUUAGUUUAACUCUUAUCCUUACGCCUACACAUGCUCACACACAUUUCCUUUUUUUUUACUCCAUGAGCAUGAGUUAAUCCCAGCAACUUUUUGAAAAGGGAAAGUAUCAAAUGUAUGUCAAUUCCCAUCAUACUCCUCUUCAGCAGAGACUGACAGAAGCCUUCAGUGCACCGACACAGUUUGACUCAACUAAUUAAACUCAAAACUACGAUACAAACAUGGGCUGCUGCUUUGUGUAAUCCGUGUGGUGGUGUGGCCCGACACUGAAUGCAACCCUGUAUUAUAAAAAAGUUGACAGGAAGAGUGAACACAGGUUAUUUUUUUUUUAUCUUCUCCCAGCCUCUCCCACAAGAAAUGUUAAUAUGAAGUGUCGUGAUUUGAUCUUUUAUUUUUAUAGAAAAUGGUUUGAUCUCGUUUUCUAUUAUGCAUCUUAGUGAAAGAUAAUAAAAACAUCAAAAGUA